AUGAGAUGUCGUCCAGAUGGCAAAUUUAACUGGAUUUUACAUGUUAAAGAUCAUUUUUCCAAGUUCUCAUGGGCUUAUCCUCUCGAAUGUAAACAACCGGAGUCUGUGGCGGAAAAACUGCUAAAUCAAUUUUAUGCUUUUGGUCCUCCUUGCAUACUUCAAAGUGGCAACGAAAAGGAGUUUGUUGCUCAAAUUAUAAAACAUAUGAGAAAGACUUGGACAGAUUUAGUAAUUAUAAAUGGUAAAUAUCGUCAUUCUGAAACACAAAGGUUGAUUGAAUAUGACAACCAUACUUUGGAAAUGGCCUUAGAUAAAUGGAUGCACUGUCAUCAUACAAAUAACUGGUCUAAAGGUUUGGGUCCAGUUGUCUAUGCUAUUAAUACCAACAAUGUUGCUAAAAUCACAAAUAAAACACCUUAUGAAAUGGUUUUUAAACAAGACCCAUCUAUAUCAGACUUUGGAAUACAGAAAGUUAUCAGUCAAUCUGGUACAGAGGAUGAAGAAAGUCUUCCCGAGAAUUUAAUUUAUAAACUCAACGAAAUAUAUGAUUCUGAUAUAUCUGAUACAGGAACAAGCGAUUCAAAUGGUCUUGAAAACAACAAUCAGUUGAAUGCUUCCGACGCAAAUAAUCAAAGACUUUAUCUAACACCUCAAUCUCAAUCAUCAACACGAACUUCUGUUCUAAAUACCAUCACCAUUACUGAUAACACUCUUGCAAAAACUCUUGAAAGAACAAACUAUACUUGUUUCUGUGACUUUGUACCCAGGUCGAACAUUACUGUGCCCGUAAACGGCCGUACACAGUCGUUUACGAUGACGUGAACGGCCGUAUCCGUCGAAAUUACGACCGUAUGCGGGCCGUAAAUAACCCGUUUGGUAUGCGCCGUAUUACGGUCGUGUGAGCCCGUGUCGUAUCC